UUUAACACUAGUUCAUAGCAAAAUAGGUAUAAUAUUAUUACCAAUAAAUAUUUUAUAACAUUUCUCGUAAAAUCUAACCAUGGAUGGGCCUGGGCGAGGAUUUCGUGGCGGAGGACGUGGUGGUCCGCCAGGAGGCCCUAAUCAACGCGGCCGGGGUGGCUUCGAUAUGCGUGGACGCGGUGGCGGAAUGAGAGGACGCGGCGGGCCUAUGGGCGGACCGCCGCGGGGCGGUCCGGCUAUGCGCGGAGGACCGCGUGGUUUCCGCGGCGGGCCGAUGCGCGGCGGCGGCGGUGAUAGAGGAGGCCGCAAUUUCUCUUCUGGACCCCAGGGGCCAGGCCCUCAUCCUGUGCCUACUAUUGAGACCAGAGGGGCUCCUCCACAAAGAGGAGGAUUUAACAGAGGUGGACCGGGCGGCAUGAGAGGAAGAGGUGGCAGAGGCCGUGGUGAUUUUGGCCCGCGCAAUGAUCGUGGCGGUGGCAGAGGUGGAAUGGGCAUGAGAGGAGGACGUGGAGGUAGAGGACAUGGCCCAGGCGGCCCACCUGGUGGGCCAGGAGGUCCAGGACCUCACGGGCCUGGAGCAGCUCCUGGAGGCCCGCCCAUGCAGCAGCGAUCAGCUCCAGCACCACAUCAGGCUCCUGGAGGCCCACCACAAGGCCAACCGCAGGGAGGUGCACCUUUCAAAAGGGGCGCAGGCCCACCACAUGGAGGCCCGGGAGGACCCCCGAAACGUGGAAGAUUCGACGGGCCACGUGGAGGCGGUGGCCGCCCCGCUCCACAAGGUGGUUAUCAACAAGCACCAUCUCAUAAUGCUCCACCUUCCAAUGGAUAUGGACCCCCAUCGCAUACGGGAUACCAACCUUACGAACAGCCUCCUGCAGACCCUUACGCUCAACAAUCCUACAAUGCACCCAGUUCAUAUCAGAGUAACAGCUACUCUUCACCAGCAGCAGCGCAGCCCAACCCUGGGUAUAGUUCAGGAAGUUAUGGAACAAACUAUGGGUAUACCACAGGCCAGGGAGGCUAUGAUGAUGGCUAUGGGGGCGGUAAUGCAGGAGGCGCGGGCGACGCGGGCUAUGGCGCCGCCGAGGCCGCUUACGGCGGAGGCCCUGCCCCCGCGUACGACUCAUACUCCCAACCCGCUUACAAUUCUUACCAGCAGCCACAGCCGCAUUAUGACAACAACUAUGGAAGUUGGUGAACUCUUUGAAUAUCAAACUGGUUAGUUUGAGGUCAAUAAGCAUAAUACUUUAAAAAGUAGCUGUAUCAUUUUUAACUUAGCGGAGAUACAUUUUAUACAUAUUUUAAGGUAAAAACUAAUUUAAGGAUAGU